AUGUUAAGCGACAAGUCAGCGGAGGGCUCUCAGCAAAAUUCAACUCCAAUUAGAGAGAAAGUUAAACAAUUCGUUCAAAAUGAGGUCAAGCCGUGUAAAGGAGACGUAAUUUUGGAUUUAGGCUGCGGAACUGGUGCGGUCUCUGCUUAUCUUGCCGAGCUUGUUGGUCAAGAAGGUAAAGUUUUGGGAGUUGAUCCUGACAAGCAGCGUUUAAAAGUGGCUCAAGAAUCCUACAAGGGAAUUAAAAAUCUGUCAUUUGUCGAAGGAAGCACUUCGAAUUUUCCUGGUAUGGAUUCGGGAACUUAUGAUAUCAUUUAUUCCUAUGGAGUGCUUCACUGGGUUCAGAAUAAAGAAGAGGCUUUCACGAACAUGUUCAGAGGUCUCAAACCAGCGGGAAAAAUCGCCGCGGUGUAUGGCGAGCACUUGCCCACUUUCUUUGUCCGCGGUUUUCGCGAGCUCAAUGCAGAAAAUUGGGAUCGUCUGCUUGAUAUGUUUAAGUUUAAGUCUAUGGCAGAAAUCGAGCGGAUAUGUGCAGCUGCUGGAUUUAGCAUUCUAAAAAGCUGCCAUAUUCAAAGUCCACUUCUCGAGUUUGAGAGUGCCGACCACCUUCGUUCUUUUUUCUGGUCUGCUACAAAUGGCGUGUUUGAUCGGCAGCUUGCCACGGAUACAAGGCUGGCGAGAUUCUACGAUCUAUAUUCGACUGAAGGGUCUGGAAAAAUCAGGUGUCCUCCUGAAGAAAACGACUUGGUUUCAGUUUUGAUUGCUGUUAAACCGGACAAAGCUUAG